AACCGCGAGGACAAUCUGGGACGUCCCAAUCAGCAAAUUCGCUCAUUCAUGAAUGGAAUCAUGGGACAGAGAAGACAGCGAAAACUCCGAGACGCCUUGUUGCAAAACAUUACCGACAUCUGUGACAAGGAAGGGUUUGCCGACCGGACUAGGCCGAUGCUAGAGAAUGACAGGCCGUAUAGAGCGAAUUAUGGCCACAUGCACCGAGUCUUGAAGGAUUGCUCUGUGUGUGCUCACGUUGCCGAGGGAGGCCCAGUUGUCUGCGAGCGUGCUCUCACAAUGUCAUGUGAACAACUUGGAUGUGAUGAAGAUCAAACCAUGUCGAGGGAACGUAAAGCUAAUGAUACCCCGGCAAUACAUUUCGGUGGGUUCUCUUCGAGCGACCAGGUCAUGAAGUCUGCACAAGAUCGGGAUCGAAUUGCAAAGCAGGAGGACAUACUGGGCUUUGAGAUGGAGAGCGCUGGUGUGUGGGAUAACUUUCCCACGGUCGUCAUUAAAGGCGUCUGCGAUUAUGCCGACAGCCAUAAAAACAAGAAAUGGCGGCAGUACGCCUCUGUCACUGCAGCAGCGGGUGCGAAGGCCUUCCUACAACAGUGGAUGAUGACCAACCAAAACAAUACUCGAGCGACUGGGGGAGCUGGAUUUGAGACUGCCGCUGGCAAUGGAAUUGGCCAGCAACGAGCCCUGCUUGAAAAUAAUGGCAACGUUGGGAUUCAAGGCUUGUACCAGGCUUUUCACGGCCACGUCACAAUGCGCUGAAAUCAGUUCAGGGAGCAUGGUAGCUUUUGAGAUGUCAGUCAUAUCAAGCCUGACCAAGAUACCGAUUCUGGGAGUGACGUUUUGGUCGGGUUCUACGGAGAUGCUAGUCUCGCAGCGGAGCUUCCCGCUCCUCGGUCGGCCACAAUUGGCUAUUUUGUACGUAGUAGGGGUUGGGUUUUUUUUGGA